AUGUUUAACCUAGGCGUGCAGGUCAUCAACGGCCAAAAGACCUUUAUACCACUAGAGAACAACCCAGAGGUCCACACGCAUCUAUGUAAGAACCUCGGGGUAUCCCCGAGCCUCACCUUUCAUGAUAUCCUCUCCACCACCCCAGAAAUGCUCUCCUGGAUCCCACGACCCGUAAACGCCCUCAUCCUCCUCUGCGACAAACCCAUCUACCUCGCCGCGCGGUCUCACAUCGAACACAGCAUACCCGAGUAUCUCGGCAGCGGGGCCGACGAGCCUGUGCUGUGGAUGAAACAGACGAUCGGACAUGCGUGUGGACUGAUGGCAUUGCUACAUGUGGUUGUCAAUUUGGAGAAUGGGAAAUAUGUCCUGGCUGGAUCGGAGUUGGAGAAGAUUGUGAAGAGCGCGGUUGGGCUGGGCCCGGUGGAGAGGGCGCAACUCUUGUAUGAUUCGAGGUUUUUGGAAGAGGCGCAUAUGGAUGCGGCAUCGGAAGGGUGCUCAAUUGUGCCCUUGCCGCAGGAGGAAUGUGGGUUUCACUUUAUUGCCUUUGUUAAGAAAGAUGGAAAAGUUUGGGAGUUGAAUGGAGGCAUGAAUGGUCCAUUAUUACGAGGUGAAUUGGAGGGGGAUUUGUUGGGAGAAGAAGGGCUGGAUAUGACGGUAAGGGAGUUUUUACAUGCUGCCGAUACAGAAGUUCAUAGGGGGAUGAGUAUUAUUGCCGUGAAUAAUACGAUUUGA